AUGAAAGAGAUGAAGGUUUUCCAUUACUUGCCCAUCUUCUUGUUCUUUUCCGUAUGCCAAGCACAUGCAGACUUCUUCACCUCAAUUGGCCACAUGACUGACUUGCUGUAUACUGAGAAGGACCUGGUCACAUCACUAAAAGACUAUAUAAAGGCAGAAGAGCUAAAACUGCAACAGAUUAAAAAAUGGGCAGAGAAAUUUGAUAUGCUAUCAGAGACUGCAAUAAAUGAUCCAGAGGGCUUCCUGGGCCACCCAGUCAAUGCAUUCAAGUUAAUGAAGAGACUCAAUACAGAGUGGCGGGAACUUGAGAAUCUGGUGCUGAAGGACAUGUCUGAUGGUUUUAUCUCUAACUUGACCAUCCAACGCCAAUAUUUCCCCAGUGACGAGGACCAGACAGGCGCAGCGAAAGCAUUGAUUCGUCUUCAGGACACGUAUAACUUGGACACAGAUACACUCUCCAAGGGAAACUUGCCAGGUGUAAAGCAUAAAGCAACGCUGAUUGUUGAAGACUGCUUUGAACUGGGAAAGGUUGCUUACACAGAAGCUGACUAUUACCAUACAGAGCUGUGGAUGGAGCAAGCCCUGCGUCAGCUGGAUGCUGGAGAGCUAUCCUCCUCCAUUGAUAAGGUUGUGGUACUAGACUACCUUAGCUAUGCAGUGUAUCAGCAAGGCGAUUUGAAAAAAGCCCUGAAGCUAACCAAAAGGCUAUUAGAUCUCGAUCCUGAACAUCAAAGAGGCAAUGGAAAUCUGAAAUACUUUGAGUAUAUCAUGGCAAAAGAAGCAAAUAAAACCAGUUCUUCAGAUUCAGAUGAAGCACAAGUGACGACAAGGAAAGGCCGUCCAAAAGAUCAUCUGCCAGAGAGGCAGAAGUAUGAGAGGCUGUGUCGCGGAGAGGGUAUUAAAUUGACUCCUCGCAGACAAAAGAAACUUUUCUGCCGCUAUUAUGAUGGAAACAGGAGUCCUAAUUUCAUUUUGUCUCCUGCAAAGCAGGAAGAUGAAUGGGAUAGACCUCGCAUUGUGCGCUACCAUGAUAUCAUUUCUGAUGAGGAGAUUGCAAAAGUCAAAGAGAUUGCAAAACCUAGGCUGAGGCGAGCCACCAUUUCAAACCCUAUCACAGGAGUGCUGGAGACCGCACACUACAGAAUUAGUAAAAAGGCUUGGCUAUCUAGCUAUGAGCAUCCAGUCAUUUCAAGGAUUAACACAAGGAUACAGGAAAUAACAGGGCUAGAUGUGAGCACUGCUGAAGAGCUGCAGGUGGCCAACUAUGGUGUUGGAGGGCAGUAUGAGCCCCAUUUUGAUUUUGGAAGGAAAGAUGAACCUGAUGCUUUUAAAGAGCUUGGUACAGGCAACAGAAUCGCUACAUGGUUGUUUUAUAUGAGUGAUGUGGAGGCAGGUGGUGCUACAGUCUUUCCAGAAGUAGGAGCAGCAGUUUACCCUAAAAAGGGAUCAGCGGUGUUCUGGUACAAUCUCUUUGAAAGUGGAGAAGGAGAUUAUAGUACGAGGCAUGCAGCUUGUCCUGUAUUAGUUGGAAAUAAAUGGGUAUCCAAUAAAUGGAUUCAUGAGCGGGGUCAAGAGUUCCGAAGACCGUGUCGCUUAUCUGAAUUGGCAUGA